AUGGCAAACAGGAGGCGUAGAAAUACCGUUGGGGCUGAUGAGAUUGUUAACGCAAUCCACAGGAUGGUGGAUGCGAUGCAACCUGUGGCAGCACCACCGAGAGCCAUGAUCCCUCCUGUGAGACCUGUGACCAUGGAAUAUUUCAUGCGUCAUAAGCUGGCAAAAUUCACUGGGAAGGCCACCCUAGAUGAGGCUGACGCGUGGCUACGAGAGUGUGAGAUGAUAUUCCGGGUGAUUGAGUGCACAGAGGCCCAAAAGCUUAUUUUUGCCACUUUACUGUUGGUGACUGAGGCCGAAUAUUGGUGGAUGGGCAUGCAGCAACAGAUGCAGAACUGGGAGGAAGAGGUGACAUGGACCAGCUUCAGGACGAGGUUCCUGGAGAAAUACUUCCCUGACAGCGCUAAACAUGAGCACGAGGCGGAGUUUCUCACCCUGCAGCAGGGGAAUUUGUCCGUGCAGGCUUAUGAGGAGAGGAAGUUAGAGGGCGGCCUCAAACAUGAGCUGAGGCGUUUUAUCGUACCAUUGAGGGUACGGGAGUUUUCGAUCUUGGUGGAGCAAGCCAAGAGUGUUGAGCAACUGGAGAUGAGACCCAGCCAGGUCAAACGAACCCAGAAGAGCGGUACUGAGGGCAGACAACACAAAAAGCCCUAUAGUAUACCAACUUCAUCUUCACAAAAACUGAGGUGUUACAACUGUGGAGGAGAACACCUGCGGAGAGACUGCACUAGACCAACUAGUAGUGGAGGUAGCAGUAUGAGCACUCGCAAAUGCUAUGCCUGUGACCAACCAGGACAUUUUGCCAACAAAUGUCCCAAUAGGAAGACUACUUUAGUAGCGCGAACUCCGCCAUCUUCAUCUGACAGACCGAGAGCAGCGGGCCGGGUUUUUGCCAUCACCAGCACCGAGGCCACCCGGUCAGGUUACCUGAUUCUGGACCAUUGUUUGCUUUUUUGUAAUAGUGUGUUAGUGUUGUUUGAUUCAGGAGCUUCGCACUCCUUCAUAUCUCACGAUUGUGUGGAGAAACUGGGGUUGUCUACUCGUGACCUAGGAUGCGAGUUGAUAGUCUCGACACCGGCGUCUAGGCAGGUUUCAACAAAUUUAGCCUAUGUUAGAUGCUUGAUGGAAGUAGAGGGCAGACGCUUCAAGGUAAACCUAGUUUGCUUGCCCUUGGAGGGAUUGGAGGUCAUAUUGGGAAUGGACUGA